AAUUAAGUACAACCCAACUCAGUUUUGCUCCCGCUGCCGCAUGCAUGCUAGCGUAUGUUUUUUUUUUUUAUUGUAGCGUCGCUGGGAGCACGUCCUGUUCCCAGCCUACUUUGCGGUAAUGUUUUGGUGCAAAUGCUCUUAAAGUUACAUGUUUGACCAGGAAAUAGCAAGCUCAAAAGAAGACGGCUUUUUUAUGUGGAACAACUGACAGUUUGUGUGGAUCUUGUGAAUGAUUGUGACUGAGCUAGGACUCAGUAAUUAAAGUCUACACACGACGGCUUCAUUGAUUGAAAAACAAAACUUUUUCGUGCAUGAAGCUUCUACUUGAGUCGGUAAUUUGGCCGCUAUAUGCGGUCAGAUUCAAGAUUCAAGAGAGUUUUAUUGUCAUGUGCAUGGUAAAACAGCAGUUAUACCAUGCAAUGAAAAUCUUAUUCUGUUCAUUCUAUUGACCAAGGGAGACAAAAUGGGUGGCCGCUGGCCGCGUUGGACAGGUGACUGCUAUACACAGGGUCUAUAACGUGUAAAUUUGCUGCGGGGGAUUUUUCAGUGGCUGCUAUAGGCAGGUGGCCCUUCUAUAAAGGGCUAAGACAGGUUUGACUGUAUAACAAAAAUGAUUUGUAAGUUAUACACCCCCGAGGUUUUUAAUUGAUAAGGUUAUGCCCAAUCUCUCCCUUGCUAUUAAUUGUACUGUGGCAGCAGAGAUGCUCUCUAUCCUCAUUAAAAACUAAACAGUAUUGGGAAACAAAUUAAUCACCAGCCAGCUCGCAGAUGGUACGGCAAUGUUUACGAAAAACUGUGAUCAGCUUUCUAAAAUUCUUGAUAAGGUAAUUUUUUUUCUCGAAAGCGUCUGGACUGAAAAAAGGCAUAUGGUGUAUAAUUCACUUGAUGGAUCAUACAGGAAAUGUGCUACCAUUUGAGACUUUUAGUUCCAGAUGUAGCAUAAAUGAUCAAAAGCAAUACAGAGUGGUGGUUAAUGCAAUACCUCCGUGGCAUAUCAAUUAUAUAUCGCUUUUGGUCAAUGGUAAAACACACCAGACUUGAAAUUACCAGCUCUAUUAUUCCACGUACAUUUAACAAAGCAAUUUACCACUUUUCGUCCCCCCGAAAUUCAAUUCUGCCUCCACCUAAGAUCCAGAUUCUACACAUGUCCCAUGAUGUAAUAAUGGACCUGUUUAUGUACAGCUUGAAUCUGUUCCCAAUGAUAUGUAAGCCCACAAGAAUAACAUCAAAAAGUGCAACUAUUAUUGACAAUAUUCUCACAAACGCAGUUGAUGGAAUACAAUAUUGACAUAAUAUUUGCUGUGGAGUACCUCAGGGGUCGGUCCUCAGGCCAACAUUGUUUAUUUUGUAUAUUUAUGAUUUUGUUUGUGUAUCCAAACUGCUCAAAUGUAUUGGGUUUGCGGAUGAUAAUACUUUAUUUUAUUGUGGGGAAGAUGUAACAAACGUGGUUUGAUGUAUACAAAUUAUUGUUAAAAGUUGAAAAACCAAACUUGAUGAUAUUCAGUAACAGAGGGAUAGACACUGGUGCUUCAGUUAACAUAGAUGGUAUUGGAGUGAAUAGAGGAAGGGAAACAUGUUCUUGGGUGUCAUUCUGGACGAGAAGUUGUGUUGGAAAUCACAUAUACAGUACACAAAGGUAAAAAUACCCAAAAUAAAAGCAUUGUUACAUCAAGUAAAGGAUUCACUGGCUAACAAAGCAAUGUAUAUGUUGUACACCACCAUGAUUGUUCUGACCUGUCGCAUUGAAGUCUGGGGAAAUGCUCAGUCAAUUUGUAUUUUUCAAAACAGAGCAAUAAGAAUAAUCAGUAUGAAACGAUACAGAGAGCCAACAAAUCCAUGAUUCCUUCAGUUAAAACUAUUGAAAUGUCAUGAAUUAGUAGAUUACAGUACAGUAGUACCUCGCAUAACAUAAACCCCCUUUUAUGUAAAUUCCGCUGAACGUAAAGAAUUUAGGUACAUUUUUCGCAUCGUAUUACGUAAGGAAUUCCAUAUAACGUAAAGCGUCAAGUCCGUGCAAGCGACAGAGAGACUAACAGAGUACACUUGGUGACGCCUUCUGGCUUCAAGCUCUCAUUAGCUGAUUAUCGGGCCACCGCCUACGCUCUCAUCUCAUUGGCUGACUAAUCCAGCGCGUCGGUGUGUUUAUGAGAGACAUGCUGCUCUGUUCCUCAUCGUAGUCGCCCUUAAACUAGUUUGCACGCAUUGAAAUCUCUUUUUAAUUUGUUUACUUUUCUUUGUGUUAAAAUGAGCGGAGUCAUGGGCCCUAAACCAAGUGGAAGUGAGAAGAAAAAAAGGGAAAAGUUAUCGAUGGAAACAAAGCAGGAAAUGAUCCAGAAGCAUGACGGUGGUAUGAAAUGAAGUGAUGUUGCUAGACUAUACGGCCGUUCCCCAUCGACCAUUAUACCUUAUUUACCUUAUUUUAUAUUGGAAUGUUACUCUACUAUGUUUAUACUAACAUUUUCUUAUAUUUUCCCACCAUAUUUGGUGAACUUUGAAUAUUUUGAAGGCCCAAAGGUGUGAGUUUGGAAAGAGCUUGGAACGGAUUAGGCUAUUUACAUGUAUUUUACGCUUCGUAUAACAUCAAAUCCCUAACAUAAAGGUUCUUGGAACGGAUUAUUUACGUUGUAGGGCGUCUACUGUAUUUUGCAAACUAUGCUCAAAGCUUCAGAAAAAGCUUUGCCAAUCAACAUUAAGAAAAAAAGCAAGUAUUUGUUAAAAGGAACAGUGAACUUCAAAAAACCAAGAUUCAGGACUACACUAAUGGAAUGUUGUGUUUGUGUAAAAGGAGUCAGUUCAACCUGAAUAAAGAAAGUAAAAAUCCAAGUCAGAUAUCAAAUUGAAAAGAAUGGUUAAAACUAGUAUGUUGAGGAAAUAUGAAAUAUGUUAGUUAUGUUUGAUUGUCACACCAUGGUUAAUGUUAUUGUUAUUGUUAAUGGCGUUGGCUGAGUUGGAAUUGAGGAGAGGCGUGACCGUCUGCGGGCCUGGCUGCUAUAUGUAUACUUUUUGUUUAUAUUGUUGUUGUUUUUAAAUUCAUACUUUCUUUGUGGCUGAAUUCUUGGGGAAAAAAGGGGCAGAGACAAUCAAACUUGUCUUCUUUCUGCUCCCUUUCAUUCUGGUUUUAUGUUAUAUUGCUUUUUUGUUCUUUCUUGGAUGAAAUAAAUGUUUUUAAAUUGGAAAGAAAUAUACCCUUCUGCUCAUUUUCUAUGGAAACCUUUUGGAUUUGAAUGCAAUCAUUGCUCAUUCUGUAACCAAUGUGUGGAAAGUACAAGAACAUGUUCUAAUGCCUUUUGGGAGGAUCUACGCCAAUGUUUACUUAUUUUUGAACAUUGUUGGGGCAGCCCUCCCAUCACUGCAAGACAUUUAUAAAACUAGAGUCCUACGAAGAACACACAACCUCAUCAAGGACAGCACACAUCCACAACACUCAUUAUUCACACUCCUACCGUCAGGCAGACGCUACAGGAGUUUGAAGUCCAGGACCACAAGGCUGGCAAACAGCUUUUACCCACAGGCCAUCAGGCUUCUCAACGAAGCACUCACACACGCCGCACGCAACACACGCACACACUCAUAGCACUUUAUUUAUUUAUUUGUAUUAUUUAUUUGUAUUAAUGUCUCUUCUGUUGUUGUUGCUUAAUUUAUUGGUAUUUAUGUUUCUGAUGUGGGCCGCACGGUGGUCUAGUGGUUAGCACGAUGGCCAAUACAGGAACAGCCUGGAGAUCGGGAAGACCUGGGUUGGAUUCUCCCUUGGGCAUUUCUGUGUGGAGUUUGCAUGUUCUCCCCGUGUGCGCGUGGGUUUUCUCCGGGUACUCCGGCUUCCUCCCACAUUCCCCAAAACAUGCAGGUGAGGUUAAUUGGCGACUCUAAAUUGUCCAUAGGUAUGAAUGUGAGUGUGAUUGGUUGUUUGUCUAUAUGUGCCUUGCGAUUGGCUGGCGACCAGUCCAGGGUGUACCCCGCCUGUCGCCCGAAGUCAGCUGGGAUAGGCUCCAGCAUGCCCCUGCGACCCUAAUGAGGAUGAAGCGGUAUAGAAAAUGGAUUGAUGGAUGUUUCUGAUGUUCUUAUUCUUUUCUUGUGUUUUCUUUCUUUUCUUGAAUGAACAGAAUAAGAUUUUCAUUGCAUAGUAUAACUGCCUGUUUUACUAUGCACAUGACAAUAAAACUCUUGACUCUUGAAUCUUUUUGGUGCUCUAUUUUUGUACAUUCCUCUUCUUUCUAUGCCUUUGCCAUUUGUUAUUCGUGUUUCUUGUUUUUGAAUGUAAUGUUCUUGACUUCAAUAAAAAAAAACUCAAACAAAUUUAGUACAGCGAAACGCAAACAGGAAGCGGAAAUGACGCACAGUCCACUUUCUCUUACCAGUGUUGGGUAUCUGCUAGCGGUUUUCUAAUCUACUGUUACUUCUCCAUCGUUUUUGGGUUUUUUGCAAUAUUACUCGCCGACAGAAACGCCCCCCGACGCAGUGGCUGGAUAGACGGCAGGAAAGGAAAGAUGUCCACGGCCCUGGAGAGCUACAUUAACCGCACGGUGGCCAUCGUGACGUCAGACGGCAGAAUGAUCGUGGGCACGCUGAAGGGCUUCGACCAGACCAUCAACUUGAUCCUGGACGAGAGUCACGAGCGCGUCUUCAGUUCCAGUCAGGGUGUGGAGCAGGUGGUGCUGGGACUUUACAUCGUCAGGGGCGACAAUGUAGCGGUGAUUGGCGAGAUCGACGAGGAGACGGACUCCACGUUGGAUUUAGGAAACAUCAGAGCUGAGCCGCUCAACUCCGUCGUCCACUGACCUAUGAACCCCCCCAUCCUCGUAUUUUUAAAAAAAUAAAAGAUGAUUUUCUGUUUUUUAUGCUUGUAUUGUUAUGGUGUAUGGUAAUAAAGUGUUUGGACGUC